AUGGUCUAAAUAUACUAUAUCUAUGGGAUACACACAGUAGCCGUUUAUAGGUUAUUUUUAUCGUGCAUCUCGUCCGAAAAAUUGUUCUUGCAUAACGAAUCAUAACACAUAUUGCAUCAUUCGUCGUAACAGAAAAUUUUAUUAUUCGAUGCCGCCAAUAUAAUCUCUAGUGACCGUUUAAAUUAUCAGAUUUAAUAAAAAUUCUUAAACUGUAAUUAUGAAUAAAUUGUCGAUUAUUGAACAAAGUGUGCGAUUGCAAUUACGGCGUAUAAACACGGCUGUUACAAAAGAAAGACAAACACCAUCCGAAUAUUGUUUGCAAUUAAAUUUAAUUUACGUUCGUGUCUACACGUCUAAUAUUUCUAGGAGAAAUGAUUACGAGAACUUUCUAUGUACAUUAUUACUUCCGCAAAAUAUUAAAUCGGCGGCAUUUGCUAUACGCGCGUUUAAUGUCGAAGUGGCUCAAGUGGAGGAUCAAGUGAGUGAUAACAAGAUAGGAGCUAUGCGAUUACAAUUUUGGACAGAUGCUCUAAACAAUAUUUAUAACAAUCAACCACCCAGAAGCCCUGUACCGCUGGAAUUACACAGGAUCCUCCUGCGACACAAGCUUUCUAAACAUUAUUUCAAACGUUUGAUUGACGCUCGUAUAAAUAAAUUAAGUAAUUCGAUAUUCGUGGAUUUGGAAUCGCUCGAAAGAUAUUGCGAUUAUACUGCAUCGUCGAUAUAUUUCCUGCUCCUGGAGGCGCAUGGUACGGCAAACGUCAACGCUGAUCAUGCGGCCAGUCAUUUCGGCAAAGCGCAUGGUUUGGUUACUUCGAUACGGUCCGUACCGUAUAACGCUCGAAAACGAGUUAUGAUACUGCCGCAGGACGUUUUACUGAAGAAUAGCGUCUCCUCGGAAUCAGUCUUCCAGGGACAGCCAAGCGCUGGACUUAAAGAUGCAGUAUUCGAAGUCGCGUCCUGUGCCAAACAACAUCUAAACGUGGUAGCAUCACUUAAAAAGACAAUGGGAAAAGAUUUCAACACGAUAUUUCUGCCGGCAGUUUGCAUAGAAAAUUAUUUAGAGGAACUACGAAAAGUAGAUUUCGAUGUUUUCCACUCAACAUUACAGAGAAGAAAGGGCUUUCUUCCGUUACAAUUACUUUGGAGAAAGAUAUGGUCUUAGUAUAUAAUUAAAGAUUGAAAUAAGUUUAAGAUAGAGCGUUUGUAAUGUGUUUUAAUUUAUUAUCUUCACUAUAUCCAAAGUAUAUUAAAAAUUAUAUAUUAAUAUUUAGACUUAUAGAAGAUUUAUGUAAUAAGAAAAAAGAUAAAUGAAAGGACUGUCUUUUGGUUCCCAUCGUACGACAAAUUCUGCAUCCAGAUUGGCUAAUUUCUUGUCCAAAUAAAUCAUGUUUUUCUUUUUUUAAAUUAA